AAAUCCAAGAUUUUUUUUCGAAAAUCUUUUUUUUCUAGCAUCAGUUAGGUUGGAAAUUUUUAAUUUACACAUAUACUAAAGGUAAUUUAUUGAUGAACAAAAUCCAAUCUAAUCCAAAAAGUAAAGCUUACUACUUAAUACUAAGGAGAAAAAAGUUUAUACUAAGACAAUGUCAUAAUUGACUAAAACUUAACAUUUUCACGUUCUCUCAUUAAAUAUAAAGAACUAUACAAAAAAAGGACUAAAAGAUGCGCAAUAAAAUUCUCUACAAAACUAUAUAAUCGAUUUGUUGGUUUCUUCUAAUUUUGAAAUUCGUAAGGGUCCUUUAAUUUCCUAAAAAUGAUGUGCUGAACGCCAGUAUCUGGAAGCUGAUCUUCACGGUAGAAAACGUUUUUUGUGUUUUUAACUCUGAAAAUCGAACUGUAUGCAGUCGGGUUUACCAGAUCAAGAUUAGGAAAUUAAAUUUGACAUCUUUUAGUUUCUAGACUCAACUUUGGACUUAACUCGGCCUACUUUCGCUAUUUCACUGUGAAGGAAGUGUUUUCCAAAGUUGAGUCUAGAAACAAAAGAAUUGUCAAAUUUAAUUUCCUAAUCUUGAUCUGGUAAAUCCGACUUCAUACAAUUCGAUCUUCAGGGUUAAAAAUUUACAAAAUCUUGCUUCUGCCUAAGAAAAUAUAGGCAAACCGAUUCUCUUUCGAUUGCUGAAACCUCCAGAUCGCUAUCUUUGUUAGUUAUUUAAAAAGUGCUAAUUAGCGUGUCUCGUGUACAAAGAGGUGAUAAUCGCCUUAGAAAACUGCAAAUUUUUCUAAAUUCAAGCAGAUGGAAUUCAAGAGAAAUUCAUGAGAUCAUCUCGUGUUACUGUUUCUAAAAAUUGACACCGAUAAUGUUCGUGAACAAGUAAUUUUGAGUGUAAUGGCAUAUUUCUUAAUAAAUCAAGUCUUUUAUAUUUAAAUGUCAGUAAGACACGAUGAGUUUCUUGUAUAAAAUUCGGUCAACGAACAAUCGAUGCUCGAACACUUUGAGACCCUGGACAAACUUCUUUAUUCUCGCGUACAAUACUUCGAUUGCGAACUUUAUUUGUGGAGGGAACAAAUCGACGUAUGUGCUAGCCAAGAACUGCAUUCUCUUUUCAAAGGCAAACAACGUCACCCAGGGAGAAACAAAAAUCAGUGCUACGCGACUGACAUGAUAGGCUACCCUUUCAACAGUAAAUACGAGUGUGAGUAUACUUAUCCGUUCGAUCUAAUCGCAAAUAGGAUCUAUCGUCAUACAGUUGUUAAACUGGCUCUCUGCUACGUUUUUAGACGUUGAACCACAGGUGUACACUGCGCAAUCAUACUAUGGGAUGACGCCUCGAUAUGAUAGCGAUGAUGAUUAUGACAACGAUAACAAUGGCUUUGUUGAUUACGGUUACGCCUUCCGAGGAAACUACAAGGCGAACUACGGAUGUUCUCCUUGGAGUGGGAACAACGACGACUAGCUCGAAGAACAGUUGAAACACUGAUUUGCUCAUGAUUUGCUAUUGGAUUAUUUGAUAUGUCGCUAUUAUUCUAAAAGGAGAGGGUCUAUCAAGCAUGUCAAAAACCGAAGACCCAGUAGAUAGUACAUCGACUAACGAAACUGCCGCAAACAAAAAACGAGUUGUCGACACACAGAAGUCACUUUUUUGAAGUUCAUGGCAGAAUGCUUACAACGUUUCGAGGAAGCAACACGAAGAGCUAGGAGACGAGUUUACAGCUCCUACGGUCUGCAGUUGUCACGGUUUACAGUGAUCUUGACCACUUGUGUGUGUGUCUAUCCUUGUUUUUUCUUUGAUCAGUUUAAUCAACCAGUAGAAAAAUAGAAAUAAUCAUGUCGCUCUAUAACAGAAAAGAGAAAGUUUAUCUGAAAGCUGAAAUUAGGGGAAGAAAAAUUGUUCUCAGCAUGAGUGUAACGAAAAACUCAUCUUCUUAUGUUAGAUGAGUUGUGAGCGGUUGGACAAUAGAUUUUUUAUUCUGGUCUUUUUUUCUAUUCAUACAGAAACAGCGCGCGACAAAUGCGAAGGAAAUGUCCCAACUGUCAUAUUUCAAAACAAAUGGAGUAAUCCUCUAUGAAGAAUUCAGUAUAGCCACUAGAUGAUCUCUAAUGAGUUUCUCCUAAUUCUCGUUUUCUAAUGUCCUUCCUCCAGCGAUGUUAUAACCAAGAUUGCCACCCUCUUUCAAUUUUCUUUCGAGUUUAACAUCAAUGUUUUUAGUACACAUUUCUAACUUAACUGUUACACUUGCACUAGUACGCUAUCUUUCGUUCGCUGUUUUCAUUGGCGGCGAUCCAUCUUGUUACAUUUUUAGGAAAAUGAAUUAAUAAUAUAAUAUAAUUAUCCAUUUUUUGUGUCUUUCAUUUUAUUAACAUCUCUGCGUUGAUACGCUGGAUUUAUAUUUCAUGUUAUUUAUAUUCGUGCUUCUGUGUGUGUUGUUUGUAAAUGUUGAUGCCAGUGAUAAUUUCUUGGAAUUUGAUGGUUAUAAUUCGAAAAUUUAUGGAUUUGGUCUACGAGCAAAUUUCAAUGUUCCAGCACAAUAUUUUUAUUUGCAAACAUAUGACAAACAUGGCGAGAAGUAAUUGCUCUUGAGAUGACAUGCAUUCACUAGUAUAGUGGUUGUUGUUCUAUUAGUUUUUCUCUAGGUUGAACGAGUCAUCUGGUUCUGAUCUAUUUCAAUUCGAACUAAAACAUGUAAAUGGGAAACAUGUUCAAUGUUAUCGUGAAGUGCAAGAUUUAUAUGNUCUAGGUUGAACGAGUCAUCUGGUUCUGAUCUAUUUCAAUUCGAACUAAAACAUGUAAAUGGGAAACAUGUUCAAUGUUAUCGUGAAGUGCAAGAUUUAUAUGAUGGAACGUAUUUAUUUCGAUUCCGCUUAUUUGAAUCUGUUAAAGAUCUUCAACUAGAAAUUAAAUACCAACAACAACAUAUUAAACAGUCACCCUAUAUCAUUAUAGGUCAUGUAUAUCCAGAUGAUUGUUAUUGUCCUGAAAAAAAUCUUACAAAAUGGUAUGAAUCAAUGGAUUGUCAACAGGACAAUUAA